CGUUCAGAGCGAUCAGAUGUGAUCCGUCACUCAGUGAGGUAGUUUGUGUCCAUAAUUGUUAUGUUUUAAGGUAUUUUAAUAAUAAAUAAAAUAGUGUUCGCGCAUCGAUCGAGAUGAUCAAGCUUCUACUAACCUUGGGCUUCAUAGCCCUGGUCUACACCGCCCCGCAGGCGGACGGUGACCUAGACGCGGUCAUCGCCCAGAUCUUCGGCAAGCCCAGCUCCACCGCAGCGCCAGCUGUUGACAACAAGAACCUGGCUUCCACCAUCGUGCCGCCCAUCGUCACCAACUCACAGGGCACAAACUCUUCAUGUACGACCGAGGAGGGUCUGACGGGUACAUGCGUCAACUACUACCUCUGCAACACAGAUAACAAUGUCAUCACUGACGGUGUGGGGCUCAUCGACAUCAGGGUUGGCGAUGGCAAAUGUCAGUCGUAUUUGGAAGUAUGCUGUAUACCCCCGGACACCCGGGAUCCGUUGAACCCUAUCACCCCACGACCGGAAAAACUGCCCCAGCGUACAGGCUGCGGAUGGCGCAAUCCCAACGGCGUCGGGAUGGUCACCACCGGAGACCAGGACAGCGAGGCGAAGUUCGGAGAGUUCCCCUGGAUGGUCGCCAUUCUUAAUACGGACUAUAUUGAUCCUAGGAUAGAGCCAGUGAACGACAAUGAUCCAGAAGGCCAGAAACUCAACGUUUACGUCGGUGGUGGCUCUCUGAUCCACCCCAGCGCGGUCCUCACCGCGGCCCACUACGUGUCCGAUAAGAAGACCAUCAGGGUACGGGCUGGCGAAUGGGACACGCAGACCACCAAGGAGCUGUACCCCUAUCAGGACAGAGAUGUUAGCUCCAUCCAAAUACACAAGGACUUCAACAAAGGUAACCUGUUCUACGACAUCGCGGUGUUGUUCCUGAACCAGCCGAUGGACUUGGCGCCCAACGUUGGUCUGGCCUGCCUGCCUCCCCCCCGCGAGCGUGUACCCGGAGGCACCCGAUGCCUCGCCUCCGGCUGGGGCAAGGACAAGUUCGGCAAGGAGGGCCACUACCAGGUCAUCCUUAAAAAGAUCGAGGUCCCAGUCGUGGAAAGGAGGAAGUGCGAGAAAGAUCUGCGCAAGACGCGUCUAGGGAACUUCUUCGAGCUCCAUAGUUCGUUCAUGUGCGCAGGAGGUGAACCUGGCAAGGAUACCUGCAAAGGAGACGGUGGUUCGCCGUUGGUUUGCCCAAUUGAGACUGAACCAGACCGAUACAUGCAGAGUGGCAUCGUGGCAUGGGGCAUCGGUUGCGGGGAGAACGGCACCCCUGGUGUCUACGUCGACGUCUCCAACCUUCGCACCUGGAUCGAUGACAAGAUCGCAGGCAAAGGGCUCGACCCUAAAGCCUACUCCUACUGAGACAAAUGGAGUUACCCGCAAUACUAAAUUACAAUUUAAUAAAACAUCGAUAGAUUCUUCUUCUGUGUUCAAUGUGUUAUAUGUUUGGCCAUUCUUAAAGUUAUUGUACGAUCUGAUCAGAAUAAUGAACUUUGAUGGAUUCUUCUUCUUUAACGUAUUCUUCGUUACUCAAUUAUCAAGUAUCUCGCGUCGGAUUUAAGGGCCAUUGGGCUGCUGUGCUGAUGAAAAAUUAACUCUUUGAAAUUAAGCUAAAACUGCUAAGUUGAAAUUUAGAUUUGCCUUUCAUCUACAAAAUGAGUAAAAUACCUGCGUUUUUACUCAUUUUGUUAUGUCUUUAUGUCGUCACUUUUGAAAAAUAGCAAAUAAGAUACGUGUGUGAGAUUUUCUACCUACCUAUAAUAUAAAGGUUUAUGUGGUAUCGUAAGAUCACCAUCUAGUGACAGUACGGUUUCCCGGUAUAGUUACUCGAAACCAUAUUAAUCCUAGUUAACUUUAACGCGAUGGAAUACCGAAUAUAGGUCUCUAGGUAGGAAGUAUACGUAGGUUGGUAGGUAGUACAUUUCGAAACAGCGUCUUACUUAGUAUGUAUACUUUUUUAUAAAAUGUGAUAUCUGUGGUUGUUUCAUAUAUUAUCUGUAUUUUAACGAUAUAAUAAUACUCAAUAA